AACUUGCAAGCAAGGUAUUUCUUGAAGCAUCAAAAUCAGAGUUACUUAAAGAGCAAACUAAUUCCUAAUCACAAAAAUUACUGCCCCUUCAUCACGUUUUCUUCUAUGAAUUCAAUGAUCCCACACAACCACCAAUUCCAAAACCUACCACUUUUUUCCCUUCCACACCUUAACUUGUAUAUUUUUCUAUAAAGCCUACAAUUUCACCAUUUAUCAUAAAAGGAUUGGAUAUUUAAUGGGUGGCAAACAAAAGAAGAUUAGUGAAAGAGCUAGUAAUCAGGUUAUGGGUUUCAAAGUUUCUCAGAAGCCUGUUGUAGGGUUUGACCUUAUGCAGAACUGUGAUCUUCCUCCACCUUCCAAGGUUUUUCUAGGUUCAGAUAAAACUGUCAUAUUAUCCAUGAAUAGGGUCUGUAACAUUUCUGGCAGAGAAAAAGUGCAAGAUAGUAAACAGCAUGGUGAUUACUUGCUCGAAAAUGGUGAUGAAGAAAAGGAUAAAAGAGAGCUUCUUAAGGCGCUGAAAGCGUCUCAAACACGAGCUAGAGAGGCAGAAAAGAUGGCUGCUAUUCUAAACAAAGAAAAGGAUGGUCUCUCUGUUGCUCUGUUGGAAGAGGCCAUGCAGUUGUUUGCAUAUCGCCAAAGGGUGAGAUUGCUUGAGCUUCAAGUUUUGAACCUCCAGCAAAAUCCAGCAAUGUUGAUGCCUGCAGAGGGGGCUGUAGGGUUACCUGAUGAAGAAACAACUAGUGUCAAAUGGGUUCUGGCUUUGAUAUUUUCAUUGGGAAUUGGGGUUGCCACUGCCCUUGCUUGGUGUUACACUAGUCCUGCUGCUAUUACAGAUGUGUAGUUGAUACAUGAAAAAGACAAUCUGCAUAUACAAAUUUUUGUUUCAUUAUCUGUUUUUGUUUAUUAACUGUAACAUAAUUUGAAGUGUUGUAAUAAACUUAAUUUGAUAUGAUACUAUAUAUGAAAAGUCGAAAAAGACCCAGAUGA